AUGCAUGACGCUGAAAUUGAGGACUCUGACUCUGGAGUUGAAGUGAAUUAUAUGAGCAUGAAAUUAAUCGACGGUCAAACACCGAAGGCAUGUUGGGACACGCUCAUCAUCGACGAAAAAAAGGGCACAAGGACUAACUACUUCAUAGAACUACGCUCUUCACCAUCUCCUAAAUAUCACAGCUUCCUCGAACAUCUACAAUGCAAGAAUAUCAUUGUCAAGAAGAAGGGAGUUCAUAACCCAAGCAGGAAAGACUGGAAAUAUGAGGUUACUCCGAUUGACUGGGAAGAGGCUGGAUGGUACCCUGGCUACCAGGAAUAUACUCUCGCCGCACAUGCAUCCGGCUGGGAGGCUGACUGGCCAAACCGGCUACCGAAGCUGAUGGAUCCAUACGACCUUUGA